GCCCAGCUUGUCCAUAUGAUCAAGGAUAAUCUCAAGGUCCUGACCUUGGCCAUCGGAGACGGAGCUAACGAUGUCAGCAUGAUUCAAGCCGCUGAUGUCGGUGUCGGUAUUUCGGGAGAAGAAGGGUUGCAAGCGGUGAACUCUUCGGACUAUGCCAUUGCUCAGGAUCGGCAACUUUUUCUACAAGAACUUGGUCAUAGUCGCGGUUCUUUUCUGGUUCCAAAUUUACUGCGCCUGGAGCACAACAUAGUACGUGUCCCCCUUUCUGCUCCCGUUGAUCCUGGGACCGUAGAUGAUGACGUCCUCAUGGCUAUUCCUGAGCUGUACCGUUAUGGUCGUGAAGGAACACACUUUGGUCUGAGGAAGUUUACCUGGUACAUGGUCGAUGCUGUUUUACAGGCCGCCAUCGUAUUUUUCCUUACCACAUACUCAUAUUCUCUGACAUCGUCACGAAGUGAUGGAUAUCAGAUCGCAAUGUAUGA